AUGCCCAUGCCCAAGUCUCCGAGGGCGUCCAACACAGUUCAACCGACUUUGCUUGACGAACGAAAAGCGUGGGUCCGACAGGAUCGCGAAGUCAAACUAGACAUUUUCCUAUCAGUAUCGGAGGAAGUCAUGGAAGAGGUGCUCCACGCUGGCCCACCGCUCCCACCGUCCAACAUGAGUGCCCAGCAAAUGAUGGCAGCGCUUGACCAACGCUUCGCGACUUUUAGGUUCAACGACUACCACCAUGCUUUCUGCCACUUUCUCAACCUACACAUGGACUCAUAUGACAGUCUUGCGGACUUCAACUUCGAGUUUAAGACGACGUUAGAAGACUUACGCGACUAUGGUCACCCGCUUUCCAAUGUCCAAGCCUGCAGCGCGUACUUCUCGAAGCUCCGAUGCACGCAGAAUCCAUGGGUGGCGCAAAAGCUCGAGACAUGGGAGACAUCGACAACGGUUCCAAAGCUCGAGGAUCUCAUGAAGGAGCCCAUACCUUGGACAUUCAAGCCGUCCAGCGCAGAUAAUUCAACGUUUUUGGAAACCGAGUCU